AUGGCAUCUUCAAACAAUCCAGAGUUGGUUCAUAAGUGGGGCCAUGGUUACUCCAUUAUAUCAAUCAUUUCGUUCCCAAAGAGAAAUCUGCUGUUUGCAGGUACGCAAGACUCGAAGAUCCUGGCAUUUACUCUCUACACAUAUGAAUUGGUAAAGACGAUACAGUUGGGCGAUGAUCAGGAACUCAACACUCGUUCGAGCGUUCUGUGUCUCGAGAGGUCCAAUGAUGAAAACUACCUGUUCUCAGCAGGUGCGGAUUCACUUGUCAGAGUAUGGUCUUUGUACGAGAUUGGUGGAACGGUCCAAGUCAGAGAAGUGGCGACGGUUUAUUCGGUCACAGAUAUAGGUGACAUCUUCUCUAUCACAUAUCUGGACUCGAUACAAACGCUUGUAUUUGGUUGCCAAAAUGCUAGCAUGCUGUAUCUGGGAAACAUCUUUGAUAAGCUUUUAGCUGCGGAAGAGAAUUCACCUUGCGAUCUAAACAGAUUACCGCAUAGAAGAUACGAUAAAUUCUUUGAUUCUUCAGGACCAACAGGUCAACCAAGUCAAAAACAAGUAGCAUCCGACAAAUUUCAUGAGAAGGCAUUGCAGAACGGGCCUUGUAAUCUAAUUUUGGAGAUAUCGUCUGAGAAUAUCAUCAACUAUGCACAUAACGGUUUCGUUUACAGCAUCUCGAAGCUCUGUCUCAGCUGCAGCAGUUUACUGCGCAACGAUAGCACUAGCGAAUUUGAGCAUAAUCAUCCACAUGAGUUUGAACGCAAAAAAAGCUUAUGUCGCAGCCAUUCGGAUAUAUCAGAAUGCAUCAUCACGGGCGGGGGAGACGGUAUUAGUAGAGUAUGGUGCUUGACAAAAAACGUUAAUGGGGUUGUCUCAGUCAGUUCGCUAGGUACCGUGCUGGACAAUGAAGAAACUGUGCUUGCUCAGGCAACUGAUUUUCCCUUCCUAUACUGCGGCCUUUCUGAAGGCAUUAUCAAGAUUUGGGACUUGACUACAAAACAAUUAGUGUCCACUUUGCACACCCCUGACAAGUCAGAUAUCAUAUCAAUAUCCGUUUACAAGAAUCAUGUCUUUGCCAUUAACGAGGGAGGAAUAACUCUAUUCCACGAUAAGGAAGUGAUUCAUUGGAACGAACAUCAAGAUAAAAUGUUGAGUUCAGAUCUGUUCGAGAGACGUAUUGGGCCAAACGAAAUGCAGCUAAGCUUCCUAGUUGGCGGCAAUGACGGUACAUUGCGUUUAUGGAAUCUGUCAGAGGUCUUGAAGAACUCGCUAACAGAGAUCGAAAAUCAGGCUUCGGAGUUGGGCCGUCGCAAAUCUAUCGCCCUCGCUCGCGGCAGCUCUCUCAAACCUGAUAGUGAGCACAUGUUGGCAACUCUGCGUGACUUGAUAGGCAUGCAGUCUGUAUCACAAUCACCCAGCACAGUGGAACAGCUUGAAUCUAGACGUUGUGCUACCUAUUUGAGCAAACUUUUCUCUAAGUUUGGGGCCAAAGAAGUACACUUAUUUCCCCUAGAAUCUGGCCAUAAUCCAGUGGUGUUUGCCUCUUUCAUUGGAAAUGGCAAGAACAAACAAAAGAUUCUGUGGUAUGGCCACUAUGAUGUUAUUCCAGCUGCUGAUCGGAAUAGAUGGAAUUCGGACCCGUUCACUCUAACUUGCGAAAAUGGCUAUAUGAGGGGACGUGGAGUUAGCGAUAACAAGGGUCCCCUGGUUGCCGCAAUUCAUUCUGUUGCGACGCUCUUGAAGGCUGGAGAACUGCGCAACGAUGUUGUAUUCAUCGUUGAAGGAAGCGAAGAGAUAGGUUCCCCGGGGCUCGAAUUGGUAUGCACUCAAAGCAAGGAAUUGAUCGGUGGAAAAAUCGACUGGAUCUUCCUAAGUAACUCAACGUGGGUUGAUGAAGAGCACCCCUGUCUGAAUUACGGCUUGAGAGGUGUCAUAAAUGCGAAGAUUAAAGUCUGGAGCGACGAGCCCGAUAGGCAUUCAGGUGUGGACGGUGGUUUACACAGAGAACCUACAGCUGAUUUAUUCAACAUUAUCUCCAAACUACAGGAUGAUCAGGGAAGGAUUCAGAUUCCAAAUUUUUACGAACCAUUAAAGGACAUCAGUGCAUAUGACCGCCAUAGGUUCAAAGAGAUCGUCGAUAUUGUUCAAUUUGAGAAUAAUGUAGAAGUCGAUGACCUCAUAAAGAACUGGGCCAAACCUUCCUUAUCUGUUACGACAAUGACCAUGAGUGGCCCAGGAAACGUUACCGUGAUUCCACAAUCGGCAACUGUCGGAUUAUCAAUAAGACUUGUGCCUGAGCAGAGCGUCUGCGAGGUCAAGAAAGCAUUGACAGAAUACUUACAGAGAUGCUUUCAAGAGCUCUCCACCCCCAAUUACCUACAAAUAUCGAUAGAAAACUGUGCCGAAGCCUGGCUAGGUGACCCAACCAAUCAUGCAUAUCAGGUUUUCAAGGAAGAGAUGACAAAAACCUGGGAAAUGGAGCCACUCUUCGUCAAAGAAGGUGGAUCCGUGCCCUGCGUGAGAGCACUAGAACGCAUAUUCAAUGCGCCCGCCAUUCAGAUCCCAUGCGGUCAAUCUACUGACAAUGGGCAUCUGGAUAACGAGAAUUUGAGAAUCAAGAACUGGACAAAUCUGGCGGAGAUUAUCUCGAACGUUUUCAGAAGACUCUGA